AUGGUUCUCAAUUUUGAAAAGUCAGCUUAUGUCUUGGAGGCACCUUUACCAACAACAGUGGACCCUAAUGCCCCUGAGGCAGAGCAAAGGGCUUAUGCUGAAUGGGUAGAUGCUGACUUACGAGUUCGCAGUUAUAUGUUGGCAUCAAUGAACUCUGAAAUUCAAACUCGAUUUGAGAACAUGAAGAGUGCGUAUGAAAUUAUCACUACUUUAAGACAAUUAUAUAGUAAAAAUGCUCGAGAAAAGGAAUAUAAUUUGAUGACUUCACUAUUCAGCAUACGACUUAAGGAGGGUAUUUCCCCAGAUGAUCAUGUUAUUAAAAUGAUUAACAAGACUGGGGAGUUCCAAAUUAUGGGCACAAAUUUGCUGUAUAAUGUUCGGGUGAGUUUGAUUUUCCAUUCACUCCUUCUAACUUUUAAGCCAUUUAUUACAAAUUAUAAUCUCAAUAGGAUUGAGCGCACUCUCCCUGAUCUUCUUAAUGAUAUUCAAGAUUUUUACAAUAAUGAGAAGAAAGGUAAAACACCAGUUGAGUUGCUAGCUACCUUUGCCACGUGA